UUGGACAGACUUCCCAUUUUCAACCGGAAUUACGUUUCGCCGCCGGUCAAUCUGUUUCGCCGUUGCACAACUCCGAUUUAUCUGCAACCAUUCUCUCCUUCCAUGUCUUCAGUAUUUAAGCUUUUGACCUUGCUUCUAUGGAGCUUCAUGUCAUUAUCCUUGAUAUCAUCAGCUUUGCUGAUUAAUCCGGCGGCGGGAUCUAGAUCACUCCUACGUGCCAUCAACGGUGGUGGAGAUCAGCCUGAUUUUGCUGUCGAUUUGAACGUCACCAACUUCGAUGCAGUUUUAAAGGAUACCCCCGCUACUUAUGCCAUUGUGGAGUUCUUCGCUCACUGGUGCCCGGCUUGCAGAAAUUAUAAGCCCCAGUAUGAAAAGGUUGCUAGGCUUUUUAAUGGAGCCAAUGCUAUACAUCCGGGGGUUAUAUUGAUGACCCGAGUUGACUGUGCGAAUAAGGUAAAUAUUAAUCUCUGUGAUAAGUUCUCUAUUAGUCACUACCCAUCGCUCUUUUGGGGACCCCCGUCUAAAUUUGUUGGUGGCGGUUGGGAUGGGAAAAGUGAAAAAAGUGAAAUUCACCCUAUUGAUGAUGGAAGAACUGCUGAUCGUUUGCUCAAAUGGAUUAACACACGAUUGGGAAGCUCGUAUAGCUUUGAAGAUGAGAAAUAUAAGAAUGAUGCUCUCCUACAAUCAAACGUCUCAGACCCUGGACAGAUUGCACGUGCUGUAUAUGAUGUUGAAGAGUCCACGUCCGUUGCCUUUGACAUCAUUAUGGAACACAAGAUGAUUAAACCGGAUACUCGAGCUACACUUAUAAAAUUCAUGCAACUAAUGGUGGCUCAUCAUCCUUCGAGGAGGUGUCGUAUGGGAAGUGCUGAUAUACUCGUUAGCUUUGACGAUUUGUACCCUUCACGUAUGUGGUCGGCAAGCAAACAUGAAUAUGAAAAUGGCACUAGACAUGGUCUUCAGGGUAAAUUUAACAUAUGUGGAAAAGAAGUUCCUCGUGGAUAUUGGAUGUUCUGUCGCGGCAGCAAGAAUGAUACCAGGGGCUUCAGUUGUGGUUUAUGGGUUCUGUUACAUUCACUCUCCGUGAGAGUGGAAGAUGGAGAGAGUCAGAUGGCAUUUACGACCACUUGCGAUUUCAUCCACCAGUUUUUCAUCUGUGAGGAGUGUCGUCAACAUUUCCACAGUAUGUGCUCAAGGGUCUCUACACCGUUCAGCAGCACACGGGACUUUGUCCUCUGGUUAUGGACCACACAUAAUGAAGUCAACAAGAGGCUAAAGAAAGAAGAAGCAUCUCUCGAAACCGGCGAUCCCAAAUUCCCAAAAGCAAUCUGGCCUUCAAAACGCCUCUGUCCAACUUGUUAUGCCUCCCAAAAUCAGAAUGAAGAAAGCAGCUCAAUCGAUUGGGAUCUUGAUGAGGUCUUCAAGUUCUUAGGCAACUACUACGGAAAGACGCUUGUGUCCCUGUACAAGGAGAAGGACAAGGAGAUUCUCAGCCACACUCAGAAAAAGACUAACGCAGUUUCAGAAGAUAUGAUUCAGUCAACAAACGCACUUGUCGUACCUGUGGGGGCUGCUCUUGCAAUUGCAGUGGCUAGCUGUUUGUUUGGCGCACUCGCUUGCUUUUGGCGCUCACAGCAGAAGAACCGGAAGCCAAGAAGAAGCUGGAGCUGAUGGUUUAAGUUACUGGUGCAGAAACAAGUCAAAAUUGUCCUGUUUGAAUUGAGGUCCCUUUCUCACUUCUUUUUGACAUACACAGAUAUGCAUCAUGAUAUAUGAUAUUGCGGAAUGUAUAGAUUUGGUUCCCUCAGAUUUCAUAGUUUUGGGCAUUUUUUUCGACGAUAAUUUGUUUUGAACCCUGAUGAACAAGUAGGUUCUAAUGUAUCCGGUUUCUGGGUAUACGACGUUUGAUUUGAGAAUGUACCAAAAAAA